AUGACCGUUAGCUUCAGAAUAGAUAUCAGCAUUUUAAUAGUGCCGUUAGUACUAGUGUCGUUCCUGAACUCUGCUGCGAUUCCUAGAGAUUUAAAUUAUCAACAGCGGGAGUUUGUAGAACACGAGACGACCAAGGGGAUAGUUUUCGCGGAUCCCACAGAUGCAACGUCAUCAUCAACAACGGAAACUACCGACGCGACUACAACAUCAACAACCGAAAUGCCGUCGACCUCAAGUAGCACAACAGUUAUAACAACACUACCAACCACUACUCAACAAACUACAACUACAAGUGAAGUUUCUACCUUGUCGACUGAUACAUCGACUACAACCACAGUCGUAACAACAUCUUCGACAACAGAAAUUCCAUCAACUACAACCACUACGGAAACCACGACGACAACCGCAGUUGUAAUUACAUCAACUGGAACACCUCUCACUACAACAACUGCGGAACCUACCUCCAGCACUACAGAACCUAACCCGACAACUGCACCUUUUACAACUAGCACUGCAGCUACAACUUCAACGACAGAAGCGACGACUGAAGCUUCUUCUACAACCAGUACUGCAGCUACAACGACAGAAGAUUCAUCCAUAUCAACGACUGAGGCUUCUUCUACAACCAGUACUACGACGGAAGGCUCAUCAACAUCGACAACAACAUCAUCUUCGACCACUACUACGACGGAAGGCUCAUCAACAUCGACAACACCAUUAUCUUCGACCACUACUGAAGGUACAUCUUCGACGACGGAAGCUUCAUCAACGUCGACCACUACUGGAGGAACAAGCUCGACGACGGAAGGCUCAUCAACAUCGACAACACCAUUAUCUUCGACCACUACUGGAGGUACAUCUUCGACGACGGAAGCUUCAUCAACGUCGACCACUACUGGAGGAACAUCUUCGACGACGGAAGGCUCAUCAACAUCGACAACACCAUUAACGACGGAAGGCUCAUCAACAUCGACAACACCAUUAUCUUCGACUACUACUGAAGGUACAACUUCAACGACGGAAGCUUCAUCAACGUCGACCACUACUGGAGGUACAAGUUCGACGACGGAAGGCUCAUCAACAUCGACAACACCAUUAUCUUCGACCACUACUGGAGGUACAAGUUCGACGACGGAAGCUUCAUCAACGUCGACCACUACUGGAGGUACAAGUUCGACGACGGAAGGCUCAUCAACAUCGACAACACCAUUAUCUUCGACCACUACUGAAGGUACAACUUCAACGACGGAAGCUUCAUCAACGUCGACCACUACUGGAGGUACAAGUUCGACGACGGAAGGCUCAUCAACAUCGACAACACCAUUAUCUUCGACCACUACUGGAGGUACAUCUUCGACGACGGAAGCUUCAUCAACGUCGACCACUACUGGAGGUACAAGUUCAACGACGGAAGGCUCAUCAACAUCGACAACACCAUCAACUUCGACCACUACUGGAGGUACAAGUUCGACGACGGAAGCUUCAUCAACGUCGACCACUACUGGAAGUACAAGUUCGACGACGAAAAGCUCAUCAACAUCGACCACUACUGAAGGUACAACUUCGACCACGCAAGGCUCUUCGACGACGGAAGGCUCAUCAACAUCGACAACACCAUUAUCUUCGACCUCUACUGAAGGUACAACUUCAACGACGGAAGCUUCAUCAACGUCGACCACUACUGGAGGUACAACUUCAACGACGGAAGAAGCUUCAUCAACUUCGACCACUACUGGAGGUACAAGUUCGACGACGGAAGGCUCAUCAACAUCGACAACACCAUUAUCUUCGACCACUACUGGAGGUACAACUUCGACGACGGAAGCUUCAUCAACGUCGACCACUACUGGAGGAACAAGUUCGACGACGGAAGGCUCAUCAACAUCGACAACACCAUUAUCUUCGACCACUACUGGAGGUACAACUUCGACGACGGAAGCUUCAUCAACGUCGACCACUACUGGAGGAACAAGUUCGACGACGGAAGGCUCAUCAACAUCGACAACACCAUUAUCUUCGACCACUAGUGGAGGUACAACUUCAACGACGGAAGCUUCAUCAACGUCGACCACUACUGGAGGAACAAGUUCGACGACGGAAGGCUCAUCAACAUCGACAACACCAUUAUCUUCGACCACUAGUGGAGGUACAACUUCGACGACGGAAGCUUCAUCAACGUCGACCACUACUGGAGGUACAAGUUCGACGACGGAAGGCUCAUCAACAUCGACAACUCAAUCAACAUCGACCACUACUGGAGGUACAAGUUCGACGACGGAAGGCUCAUCAACAUCGACAACACCAUCAACUUCGACCACUACUGGAGGUACAACUUCGACGACGGAAGCUUCAUCAACGUCGACCCCUACUGGAGGAACAAGUUCAACGACGGAAGGCACAUCAAUAUCGACAACACCAUUAUCUUCGACCACUACUGGAGGAACAACUUCGAUUCAACGACGGAAGUCAACAUCGACAACACCAUUAUCUUCGACCACUAGUGGAGGUACAACUUCAACGACGGAAGCUUCAUCAACGUCGACCACUACUGGAGGUACAAGUUCGACUACACAAAGCUCAUCAACAUCGACAACUCCAUUAACAACGACCACUACUGGAGGUACAACUUCGACGACGGAAGUUUCAUCAACGUCGACCACUCCUGGAGGAACAAGUUCGACGACAGAAGGCUCAUCAACAUCGACAACACCAUUAUCUUCGACCACUACUGGAGGUACAACUUCGACGACGGAAGCUUCAUCAACGUCGACCACUACUGGAGGUACAAGUUCGACUACACAAAGCUCAUCAACAUCGACAACUGCAUCAACAACGACCACUACUGGAGGUACAACUUCGACGACGCAAAGCUCAUCAACAUCGACAACACCAUCAACUUCGACCACUACUGGAGGUACAACUUCGACUACACAAAGCUCAUCAACAUCGACAACUCCAUCAACAACGACCACUACUGGAGGUACAACUUCGACGACGCAAAGCUCAUCAACAUCGACAACUUCAUUAACAACGACCACUACUGGAGGUACAACUUCGACUACACAAAGCUCAUCAACAUCGACAACUCCAUCAACAACGACCACUACUGGAGGUACAACUUCGACGACGCAAAGCUCAUCAACAUCGACAACACCAUUAACUUCGACCACUACUGGAGGUACAACUUCGACGACGCAAAGCUCAUCAACAUCGACAACACCAUCAACUUCGACUACUACUGGAGGUACAACUUCGACGACACAAAGCUCAUCAACAUCGACAACACCAUCAACUUCAACCACUACUGGAGGUACAACUUCGACGACGCAAAGCUCAUCAACAUCGACAACACCAUCAACAACGACCACUACUGGCGGUACAACUUCGACGACAGAAGGAACAUCCACAUCGACUACUGCAAAAUCUACGUCCACAACCACGGCUCAAACUACAUCUUCGACAACUCCUUCAACUACAACCACUGCCACAACUACAACCACUGCGAAACCUUCGUCCACGACUACGGCUCAAACUACAUCUACAACCACGGCUCAAACUACGUCUUCGACAACUCCUUCAACUACAACCUCUGCCACAACUACAACCACUGCGAAACCUACGUCCACAACUACUACUACAACUGCAGCUACAACUACAACGACUGUUAAUCCGUUUACCACAACUAGACCCCAAGGAUUCCCAGACCAUCAUCAAAUAGUAUAUGGAACGUACAAUGCAGCGAAUUACAUCUGCUUUUAUAAGAAGAUAUUGGCCCUCAAAUCUAGCCCUAGACGAAUCAGUUUUGUCAAUCCUACUGGAAAUGCCAUUAACUAUGUUCUAAUAAGGCAAACACCGCAACGCUUCGCGACCGGUAUUCAGGCUGAAAUCAUAACCGGAGGCAUCGGUGCAUCUUCGAUUACCAUGUCGAUUGGCGCUUCUCCGAACUACUAUUUCUUCUUCUCAACUGUUGUGAUAGAAAUGAUGUGUACACCAUAGGGCGAAUCGGCAGUUAAAUUUUAAUUGCUACUAACAUUUAGUGCUGAGACUAUCCGGAUACACAUGUCCGGCUUCGGGAUAAACCGGAUUUUCGGAUAUUAUCUGACAGGACAUCCGGAUAUCCGGUUUUUGUAUCCGAACAUAACUUAAUGAGGCUUAUUAACAUAAUUAGAUACGAGAGGGUGGGAGUUUGUAAAAAAAAACAUUUUUCAAGGUUACGUUCUAUUUGAACGGGCUUCAAAAAGUAAAAAAAAAUUGCGGAUAUCUAGAUCGUAAAUAUCCGGAUAUCCGUAUGACCGACUAUUCGAUAGUCCAUAUCCAGAUAUCCGGAAAUCCAGAAAGUGUUCGUUUACCCAUCCGUGAUCCGAGCUUCAAAUAACCGGAUCACGAAUAUAUCCCA